AUAUAUAUAUAUAUAUAUAGGUGUUAUACAUAUAUUCGCUCUAGUUAUACGUAAUGAACUCAUCUGUUCAAAUCCAAGGCCCAACAUAUGGAAACCUAAUCACCAUUCUCAGCAUUGAUGGAGGUGGUAUCAGAGGGAUCAUUCCUGCAACUAUCCUUACUUUCCUUGAAUCUCAACUUCAAGAGCUGGAUGGUGAGGACGCAAGACUUGCAGAUUACUUCGACGUGAUCGCCGGAACGAGCACAGGUGGCCUGGUGACUGCAAUGUUAACUGCUCCAGAUGAAAAUCACCGUCCUCGUUUCGCCGCCAAAGAUAUCAGACCUUUUUAUCUAGAGCACGGCCCUAAGAUUUUCCCGCAGAAUAGCUGCAGGAGCUUAUUUGGAACAAUUAGAAACCAUCUAAAAUCACUAAAAGGACCAAAGUAUAAUGGGAAGUACCUUCACAGGGUUAUAAGUGACAAACUUGGAGAAACACGGUUGCUUGACACCGUGACCAAGGUUGUCAUUCCAACUUUUGAUAUUACGCAUUUACAGCCAACCAUUUUCUCGUCCUAUGAGGCCAAAACCUAUCCAUGUUUGGAUGCUCGAUUAUCUGACAUAUGUAUCGGUACUUCUGCGGCUCCAACUUAUCUUCCCGCCCAUCAAUUUAAGAACCAAGACAAAGAAGGGAAUGUUCAUGUGUUCAACCUUAUUGACGGUGGUGUUGCUGCAAAUAAUCCUGCUUUGGUUGCUAUAAGCCAAGUAACUAAACAAGUCUUUCCCAUUAAUCCGGUGGACUAUGGUCGGUUUCUAGUCAUCUCCAUAGGCACAGGGUCGUCAAAGAUUGAACGGAAAUACAGUGCUAAAAUGGCAGCUAAAUGGGGUGUUUUGAAUUGGUUACUUCAUGGAGGUACCACUCCACUAGUAGAUGUAUUUACUCAAGCAAGUGGAGAUAUGAUUGAUUUUCACAUUUCUGUGGUCUUCCAAGCUUUCCAAGAUAAUUAUCUUCGAAUUCAGGAUGAUACACUAACUGGGAUAGACGCUUCAGUUGAUAUUACUACAAAAGAUAAUUUGGACAGACUUGUGAACAUUGGUGAAAGGCUGUUGAAGAAACCAGUUUCGAGGGUAAAUUUGGGAACGGGUCGCACUGAACAAGUUGAAAAGAGUGGCACAAAUGAAGAAGCUCUGAAAAAGUUUGCCAAAUUACUCUCGGAUGAAAGGAGACUUAGACAGUCAAAAACAACACACUUUGACAAGGGCUCAAAUUAGUCGGAUGAUCAUUUGUGUUAAGAGAGAGCUUGAAAAUGUGAAUUGUAAUGUAAAACUGAUAUAUUGAAUUGGUGUGGUGAAUUGUUGUGGUGAAUUGUUGUAUAUUGAUACAAGAUUACAAACUUAUUUAUAGGUGAGGAUUAUGAGGUAGGUGGAUGGUAGGUGUGUUAGGUCAAUGGUGGUGUGCUACAUAGUCAAGGAUGGUGUACUACAAUGUGAGAUAUAAUAUUUUGUAAUUGGUAAUAUUCGAUGUCAA